AUGGGCGGCGAGAAGUUCGACUCCACGCACCCCGAGGGUUACCUCUUCGGCGAGAACAGCGACCUCAACUUCUUGGGGAACCGGCCCGUGGUGUUCCCUUACGCUGCUCCACCUCCUCAGGAACCCGUGAAGACCCUCAGGAGCUUAAUCAACAUCCGCAAGGACACCCUGCGCCUCGUCAAGUGCUCGGAGGAGGUGAAGACCCCGGGGGAAGAAGUCAGCAAAGCCAAGGUGCACUACAAUGUGGAGUUCACCUUCGACACGGACGCCCGGGUGGCCAUAACCAUCUACUACCAGGCGAGCGAGGAGUUUCACAACGGGGUGGCGAGCUACAUCCCCAGGGACAACAGCCUGCAGUCGGAGACGGUACACUACAAGCGGGGGGUGUGCCAGCAGUUCUGCGUGCCCUCCCACACCGUCGACCCUUCCGAGUGGAGCGAGGAAGAGCUGAGCUUCGACCUGGACCGGGAGGUGUACCCCAUGGUGGUGCACGCAGUGGUGGAUGAAGGAGAGGAACACACCGGGCACUGCCAUGUGCUGCUGGCCACCUUUGAGAAGCACAGCGACGGCACCUUCUGCGUGAAGCCCCUCAAGCAGAAGCAAGUGGUGGAUGGCGUGAGCUACCUCCUGCAGGAGAUCUACGGCAUCGAGAACAAGUACAACACGCAGGACUCCAAGGUGGCCGAAGACGAGGUGAGCGAUAACAGCGCCGAGUGUGUCGUCUGCCUCUCGGAUGUCCGCGACACCCUCAUCCUGCCCUGCCGCCACCUCUGCCUCUGCAACACCUGCGCCGACACUCUGCGCUACCAGGCCAACAACUGCCCCAUCUGCAGGCUGCCUUUCCGAGCCUUGCUUCAAAUCCGAGCCAUGAGGAAAAAGCUGGGUCCCCUCUCGCCCACCAGCUUCAACCCCAUCAUCGCUUCGCAGACCUCCGACUCUGAGGAGCACUCGGUCAGUGCCCGGACCACACGGGGGUCCUCGGAGAACAUUCCCCCAGGCUACGAGGUGGUGUCGCUGCUGGAGGCCCUCAACGGGCCACUGACGCCCUCGCCGGCCACCCUGCCACUGCGUGCGCUGGGGGACCCCCCGGGUGCGGGGACCCUUCCCUCCUAUGGCAGCGAUGGCCCCCUGCCCCCCCUGCGGGCGCUCUCGCCCCUCGAUCGCCUCCCCGAGUGCGGUCCCCCAGGGCUCAAGCUGAAGAAGAGUCUCUCCAAGUCAGUCUCGCAGAACUCCUCCAUCCUGCCCGAAGAGGAGGAUGAGAAGUCAUGCACCGAGUCGGAGCUGAGGGUCUCCAGGAGGAGAUCCCCUGCCCGGCGCGAGGAGGAAUGUGGCGCAACGCCAGAGAGCGAAAACCUCACCCUGUCAUCGUCAGGAGCCAUCGACCAGUCCUCAUGCACUGGGACCCCCCUCUCCUCCACCAUCUCGUCCCCAGAAGAGCCCGUCAGCAGCAGCUUGGCUCAGUCCGUCAUGUCCAUGGCCUCCUCCCAGAGCCAGCACUCCCAGCUCAGCACCGACACCGUGUCCUCCAUGUCCGGCUCCUACGUCGCUCCUGGCACAGAGGAGGAGGAGGAGGAGGGGGACAUGAUCCCCUCACCCGCGGCCGCCAGUGCCACAGCCUCCGACGGAGAGUCGACACCUGUGGAGUCCCCGGAUAUAAACUUCGUCAGCAUCUCGGCCGAGGAGCGCGAUGCCGAGGGCAACGAUGUGCUGGAGGACGAGGACGCCUCUCCCACACAGGAAGACGGUAAAAGCGCCGUGCCGGACUCCUGCCCCAUUAACAUUGAGGAAUAG